AUGAGGAAGAGAGCUGAGCUUAAGGCUGCUGUUUCUGACCUGGAGAGGCCUUGGGAGGUGGUGGAGAAACCCCCCAAACUGUUCUCUGUCAGGGCCGAUGAGCAGCUCAAGGUUUUGGCUGAUAGGUUUCAGAAGCCUGCUCCUAUCUCAGAAUCAGAGCAGACUGAGAAUUUGGAGUUAAAAAUUCCUCAGUUUCAUUUGGGACCAGCUCCUAUCUCAGAAUCAGAGCAGACUGAGGAGAAUUUGCAGUUAAAAAUUCCUCAGUUUCAUUUGGGACCAGGUGAAGGGACUGAAUUCUAUGAAGGAAAUGAGGAGACUGAGGAUCAUGAUUUUAGGUCGGGUUACGCUAAUUUUGGUGGUUCAUCAAUGGAUUUGUCUACAAAUUCCAAGUUGUUGCCUCCAGUGAGAGCCAAGAUCAUGGUGCGGCGCCAAGAAGUACAAGUGUUGCAAGUGAGAGGAGAGCAAGUCUUAAUUCCAAAAGACAAACCAUGCAUCUAUCUUGAAGGAGCUGGUAGAAACUCAACAAGUAUAGAAUGGAGUACACAUGAAAAUGUUACUUUCCUAUCAAAAGCAAAUUUCACGGUUGCAAAAGGCAUUACUUUCACGAAUACAUACAACAACCCAGUGUUAUUAGAGGUGCAAAAUAUCACACAAGCCAAAGCUGCUCGAAUCCGUGCAGAUAAAUGUGCUUUCUUUGAUUGUGGUUUUCUAGGGGUGCAAGACACUUUAUAUGAUGAUAAUGGUCGCCAUUAUUAUCAUAAUUGUUACAUCCAAGGUGGAACUGAUUUCAUAUAUGGGAAUGGUCAAUCAAUCUUUGAGGCAUGUACAAUAUUUUUUUCAAUGGGGAAAUAUGGUCCCAAAAAGACUGGGGUUAUCACAGCACAAGAAAGGGAAUCAGCAAAUGAAACAACUGGGUUUGUGUUCAAAAAUUGUAACAUAAGUGGAAGUACGGGAGGAAAGACUCGACUUGGAAGGGCUUUGACUGCAUAUGCAAGAGUCAUUAUAGCUGAUUCAUACCUUUCAGAUGUGGUUAGACCUGAUGGUUGGAAUCAACGAAACUAUGUUGGCCAGGAAGAAAACAUUACUUUUGUGGAGGAGGGAUGUAGAGGACGUGGAGCAAAUAAAUCAAAGCGUGUACCAUGGAUGAAGAAUUUGAGUGGACCUCAACUUGAGCAAUUCCUAAAUAUCUCUUAUAUUGAUGAAGAAGGCCUUCUUCUCUCUCUCCCUCUUGCUUCCAAUCUUCCAGCCUUCCUCUCUGCCUCUUGCUUCCAGUCUCCAGAUUUACGAACUUGCGAUCCGCCUCCACCUCCGCCUCGCAUCGCUAAGUCGCUCCGCCUCGCGUUGUCGGUCGCUCUUCUACUCGCUGCCUCUGCUCACCUCCACCUUGGUCGUUUGUUAAUCAUCAAAACUCAAAAGGUUCAGAUUUCAAUUUCGUAUUUUCGUUUAUCAUCAGAAUUGAUGUUUGGAGUUUUGUUUGCUUCAAAUUAG